GAGUCUAUAUGGUUCUCAUGUGCUGUAUAAAAGCGCCGCGCGCUCUGACGCUCGCAUUACUGAUCUCUUGUUGACACUGUGAUAAUACAGAUACUCUCAGAGAAAAUGGCAGAAACCGCCCCAGCUGUUGCCGCCGCGCCGGCCAAAGCGCCCAAGAAGAAAUCCGCUGCAAAAGCCAAGAAAACCGGACCAAGUGUGGGUGACCUCAUCGUCAAAGCAGUUUCGGCUUCCAAGGAGAGGAGCGGCGUCUCUCUCGCUGCCUUGAAGAAAGCUCUCGCCGCCGGUGGCUACGACGUGGAGAAGAACAACUCUCGCGUCAAGAUCGCCAUCAAGAACCUGGUCACUAAAGGCACUCUAGUCCAGACCAAAGGCACCGGCGCUUCCGGCUCUUUUAAACUCAACAAAAAGCAGGCAGAGACCAAGGCAAAACCAGCAAAGAAAGCCGCUCCUAAAGCAAAGAAGCCCGCAGCCAAGAAACCCGCCGCUGCCAAGAAGCCCAAGACUGCAGCGACAAAGAAGACCGCCGCUAAGAAAUCACCCAAGAAAGCAGCGAAGAAACCAGCCGCCACCGCCGCUAAGAAGGCAACAAAGAGCCCCAAGAAAGCAAAGAAGCCAGCGGCUCCUAAGAAAGCAGCGAAGAGCCCCAAAAAGGCUGCUAAACCCAAGACGACAAAGCCCAAAGCAGCUAAGCCUAAAAAGGCAGCGCCCAAAAAGAAAUAGAUUUUCAGUUAAAAUUUAUUUCCACCAAAAAGGCUCUUUUAAGAGCCACCCACCAGCCCUUUAAAGAGCAGUGUUUCAAUAUUUGCCGUUUUCUGGCUGUUUAUUUCGAGAAUUUCUGAUUUGUUAAAAAAUACUUCAUAAAAUAGUUUUACUUAAGUGCCACGCAGAUUUUGGAGCGUCUCUGCCAUAUAGAAAAGCUCUAUAUUUUUAAUGUAACUUUAGUAUUAAAGCACUUUGUAUUUAUGAAGUGCAGUAGAGUAUAAAGCUGUAAGUAAAAAUAAUUGCAGCAUAUAAACACUGAUACAGUAAAGAUACUUGUAUUUUGUCAUAAAGUAAAAACAUAUUUUAAUACUUUUCCCUUUUCUUUAAAAUGUGUUUGUUUAA